AAAAGAAGACUCCAAAACCAAAUACUCAGCAUUAGGAACAAAGAAGGCCAUCUGGUGGAAGGGGAGGAGAAGGUGGCAACAGUCAUGCUGGAUUUCUAUGAAUCACUGCUGGGAACAGAAGUGAACACAAAUAACAUUAGUAAUGAUGCCAUGGAAUAUGGAAACAAACUUGAUAUCUCAAAACAACUUGGUCUGUUGAAAGAGGUCACAAAUGAGGAGGUGAAGGGGUGCCUUUUUGCUAUUCCUAAUAGCAAGAGCCCUGGGCCGGAUGGAUACAGCAGUGGAUUCUUUAAGAAGCAAUGGGGAACAGUGGGGGGACUGAUCACCAAGGAAGUCUUAGAGUCCGACUACCUGGGUGGUACCAUGAAUGACAAUUCAGGACCUUUCAACCCGGUCCGUCUGACCGGUCAUGAUGGGAAGGUCGGCAAGUCAGGCUACAGCUUCCGCUCUCGGAAUCUGGCUAAGAGACCAGUCAGAGGACUGACCGGUUGGAUAAUCAGAGACGUGCUUGACAUGCUUAGGGUUAUUAUAAAUACCCCUAAAAGCCUCAUUUCAACCGGGGGAUUUUCAGCUUUCAUUCCCGGGUUAUACCCACAAUCUUUGCCACAAACAAGUAUCAUUCGCCCAGUCAUCCCGACAAAUCUAAUCGGGGAAAUGGACAAAGUUGGUCCAUCCCGAUCUAAAAGAAGCUGGUCCCGAAGAUCGCAGACAAAAGUGACCUCGAAUGGGGAUGUGCGCUCGGUCCAUAGCAAAGACGAGGACUGGGACGUUCCCCAGGCACUCAAGAAGUUGAAGGGAAAAGCUGUCCAGCCUGAGGGAUCCAGGAGGUCAGCGUUUCAAAGGCUUGGGCACGAUGGCCGAAAUCAAAACCGGUCAGCAAAAGAGCGACUGAGAGUGGAAACAAUCCCAGCUAGCGCUUUUAAUCGUCUGGAGAGAGGGGCCGGGCGACCUGGUCAGACCAGGCGAACGGAACCACCCCCACACGAUGAACCCCAGAACAGCCGAGCGCCCCAUGGAGAAGAAGAAGCGGAAAGCCACCCAAGGCACACGAUCCGCUCCCAUGUUGAACAACCCCAGGACCGCGUAGGUUGGGUGGAAGCACGUUUGGAGAAGCUGCAGCGCCGGGUGGACCGGGACGAAAAAAAGAAAGUCUUGUUGAACGAAUCUCCGUUCACAGACCGGGUUCAUGAGACCCUAUUUCCAAAGAAGGCAAAGCUUGAGUGGUUUCACAACCUCCCGGCCGGAGAAAUAGAUUCGUUCGAUGAACUGGCCGAGGUGUUCCAGGAGAAGUUUAAGGAAAACUACACCAAGAAGAAGAAAUUCACCUAUUUGAGUACGGCCGGGCAGAGGGAACACGAGGACCUAACCAAGUUCCUCACCCGAUGGAAGGAUGAGGUGGAUAAAGUGGAAGAAAUAGACGACAAAACCGCCAUGUCGCUCUUGGUGUCAUCCAAGAGAGAGGCCGAGCAAGGUCAUUCCAAAGGGAGGGUUUCCUUGAAAAAGGAAAUCGAACUGCCCGCCAGGGUAAAAACGGAAGUAAUGGAGGUGAAGCCGAUCAAGUCAGAAAAGAAACCAGCCGGGGAGAAGCAAUGGACAAAAAAGUAUUGCUUCUUCCAUAAAUCUGACUCCCAUAACACCGCUGAGUGCAAUAGUGUUAAGGGAGUGAUCAAGCAGAUGAUCGUGGCCGGAGAGCUUGACCCAGAGUAUGUAGCUCAGGCCAAUCAAAAGAAAAACCAAUGGAUCAGGCUCGAAGGACAGCCGGCCGAGCAGAAUAAAAAGAAGAAAGCGGCCGGUAAGGAGCACUUGCAGGUCAUCUAUGGUGGACCAGAAGGGGGAGAAUCCGCAUCUCAAAGGAAGAAGGACGGGAACUCUACGUUGGCACGGUUGCCCUAGAUCCCCGAAGGAAACAAACCAGAAGGGAGCCAAUCACGUUCACAGACCGAGACCUUUGACAACUGUAGUUUUUCGGGUGGUAAACCUUCCCAGUAAAGGGUUAGUCUUCUC